AUGGAGAAUGGCAGUAUGGUAUUCCCAACACAAAGUGGUACAGCAAUCUUCAUUGACAAGUUACAUUGUACUGGUGAGGAGCACGAUAUCACUGAGUGCAGAGCGUACCGUCUGAAGGAGAGGUGUGAUUCUACGUAUGGUCCCGCCGCUGCAUUUUGUGGACCAGCCCCUACAACCAUGGGAUCUACAACGUUAUCCUCUACGAGUGAUGUUACCACAACGAUUUCCACAACGACUACUGAAAGCACAGUAACUACCCCAUUACCGAUCAUUAAUGGUGCUGCUACUACAUCAUCUGUUAUCGAGGACGUUACGACCACAGUUACUUCGACGAAUAGUGUUCCUCCUACAGGUACUGAAGGAAAGAUGUCAAGCGAUGCCACGGAAAUAUCAGAAGCAGAAGGAGAUUCCACUUUAGUUUUAAUGAGUGACCUUACUACUGCAGGUACCGAAGACACGGGUAUUUCAGUACGAAGUGGUACCGUUUCUACAUUUUCUGGAACUGAAGAAAUCAAACCAUUAUCUACAACAAAUGGAAUUGAAACUACGGGUAAUGCUGUCAACGGAAUCACAGAGGAAACUACUUCGAUCGUUGAUGUUUCUAAUUUUCCCCACAACAGGGGAACCACCCAAUUAUAUCCAAUGAAGAAUUUUGCUACUAUUACUGGAAGCACUGGAUUAAAGGGAAUACGAAGUAAUGAUGUAACUGGGGGUACUGGAUCCAAAGGAAAUGGUUCAUUUGAUAACAGUCAGGUCAAUGCUUCAUCUACUAUUGGGAAUACGAAUACUGAAUCUAUAGGAAUUACCCGAAUAAAUAGCAUGGAUGACGCUGUAACUUUACAUACAGGAACCAAGCGAAAGACAGGAUUGCCUUCCGGGAAUGAUGUUGCAGCUUCAUCUAAUACAGCCACUGAAUCUGUCACAGUGAUUUUUACUGAUGACGCUCCUUCUCUAGGUACUGGAGCUAAUGGAAAUACUAAAUUACAUUCGAAGAAUUAUGUUGAUCCUCCAUCUACUGGAUCUUGGGAGCCUACCACAUCUGCGUCCAGGAAUGACGUUUCCCACUUUACCGGAGGCAAGGGAACCACUAAAGGUUUACCUUCAUACAAAUAUAUUUCCACUCCAACUGAUGAAAGCAAAGGGACCACUGCAAGAAAAUUUUUACCUGCAACAAACUAUGUUUCUACUAUAGUUAAUAACUGGAGCAAAGGACUUGCAGCGUUAGCCAGAACGGAGGAUGAAGAUACACCUGGGACUUCUUCCAAGACCAAUUCAUUUUCACUCCAACCAAACGAUAAGAUGGGAAGCGAUUCGAAAUCCCCGCUGUCGCCUACAAUGCAACUCAACUCAGAAAGUGGAAAUGACUUAGUACCAGGUGUUAUUAUCAAUACACCUACAUACUCAAUGGAUGCGGAGGCUUCAGAUACCGUGUCUAUCACAAAAAUGUCUAUCUCUACCGAUAGUCAAGUUUGGACGGUUAUCUAUAAGACAAGUGUUCAGACCAACAUCGUGACCGAAGUAGUCGUAGUUCCUACCACCGGACCAGACAGAUUGACUCCGGAUCCUACAUCGAUGACUAUACCUGAUGAAAUAAUGACGUCGAUUGGCAAAACUCCCUAUCUCGAUUUCAUUGUUGCCACCGAGGGACAAUUCUCCAGGGGCAUUGCCAACAGUGGAGGACAAAAUAAAAGUUUCUACAACGAAGGAAAGUAUGUUACAAGUGACAUCGAUGGAAAAAUACAGAACCAAGCCUCUCCCGACGACAGAAAGCAGUAUGGGAACAUUUCUGGUAACCGACAAAAUUGUUGGACCAUCGUCAAAUACAGGUGGCACCCAGGUGGGAUUUGUACUGAAUGA